ACACAAUGGGGUCUAUUUCUGUAGUCGCUCAAGGGUUAUCACCCCACUUGCUCUGACUCUCUCCCCCCAUCUAUUUCUGUCGACCCGUCUCGUUUCCCAACUCUCUAACCCACUUCCACAACAUCAUGGCCGACAGAACCAACCGAUUAGGUGUUCGUAGGAAGGAGAAAACGCAGGAAACCAAAGCAAAUGAGGAAAAGGACAAGGAGAAGGUCAAAGAGAAGGCUGUAAAAAACACAGACAAAGUUGCUAAAAAGUUAGAGAAGACCCCAGAGCCACACAAGACAGAUGAGAAGAAGACUAACGGGGAAAGUGAAGGAGCAGCAGGAGCAGACGCAAAUAACAGUGAGGAUAAUGGAGACUUCCAGCCCAUAGAGCUGCCUCCUUUUGAAAUUGUCACUGGGGAGCGGAUGAGCCCGUUCUACUUCAAGUUUCAAUUCAGGAAUGUGGAAUACUCAUCGGGCAGGAACAAAACAUUCCUGUGUUUUAGAGUGGACACACCAGGAGGCAGUGCAGAGCCACUGAAAGGCUACUUGGAGGAUGAACAUGCCACAGCCCACGCCGAGGAGGCCUUCUUUCAACAGGUUCUCCCAAACUCCUCCAAGGAAUAUGAUGUGACAUGGUACGUAUCAUCCAGUCCCUGUGCAGGUUGUGCAGCCAAGCUGGCCAACAUCCUCCAGCAGCGCAAGAAGCUACGCCUUUCUAUAUUCUGCUCCCGUCUCUUUGAGUGGGAGGAACCAGAAAUAGUGGAAGGCCUAAAAGCCCUGGUACAGGCCGGCUGCAAACUACGGAUGAUGAAACCCAUUGACUUCCUGCAUGUUUGGGAAAUGUAUGUGGAACAGGAAGGUGAGGUCUUUACACCUUGGGAGGAUUGCCAGGAGAACUACGAGUACUAUGUGGAGAGACUGUCCGAUAUUCUGAAGUAGAUGUCCAUCCUGACUGAACCAGAAAGCAGCCUGCUUUUGAAAUGAUCACUGUUUGAUUUUCUUUAUUUGCUCUCACAUCUGAUGCUGCAGAUCAAUUUUGAACUGAAAGAGCACAUUUUUAAAAAACUUUUUAUUUUCAAAAAACGAUAUACAAAGGUACAAGAUUUGUAGAUAAAUAUAUCAAACAAUUUUCAUGUUGUUCCUUUAUAAGAGCAAAGCAAAUACAUUCAUCAAUUCACCAAUAAAAAA